AUGGCGCCAAAGACGCCGCCAUUUUCGCAGCUCGACAAAAUGGCGACAAGGACAUCCACAUCCACAUCCACAUCCAAAUCCAAAUACACAUCCGAAUCCUCAUCCAGUUGGCUCUGCCGCCUGCUGAUAUUCGGCUUUUGCAUUGGCGCCGCCGCCGCUCGAGACAUUCCCUCGUCGAUGGACCAGACAGACAUGGCCUUCUACUGUCCUGGAGAAGGUCUGUUUGCGGACGACUACAACUGCCGGAUUUAUUACCGCUGCGAGAGGCGUUCGGGCCAGUACAUCCAGCCCUACCUCCUGGCCUGUCCCGAAGAUGCGGUCUUCUCGCGCUCCCUGCGAAUGUGUCUGCCACCGGCGAUGGCUGGCCGGGAUGAGUGCGUUGACCAGGUGAACGAGGUGGACGACGGCAGCAGCAUGGGGAAGUGGGAGCAGGACGACUACGGACAGGAUGACCAUAAUGCGAUGCUUAACCUGGCCGUCACACCUGCGGCCAAUGAGCUGCGAACCUACGCCUCCACCCAUCGGCUGCCCACGAAUUAUGGCCUGGCAGGUCUCAGCGGUGUCUCUGUCAUAUCCUUUUCCAGCUCAUCAUCCCUGCGUGCUGUUGGCCCCGAGGAGGCGGAAGGGGUAAUUUGCCGGGAUGAUGGCUUCAUGAACGAUCCCAGCGACUGUACCGUGUUUUAUCGCUGCAUCUCGAAUGGUCGGGGCUACAACAAAAUCGGCUUCCGCUGCUCCGAUGGCACGGCGUGGGAUGAAUCCCUGCAGUCCUGCAACCACAUGUUUGACGUACGUGCCAACGGUGGAUGUCGCAAUCAAGCGGUCCCCCAGAACGACGGUUAUUACGCCGGCCAAACGUCAACACAAUCGUCGCAGACCAGUUACCAGAACUCCACCUCAAGCAGCCAGCAGAGCUCCUCCACUUCCAGUUCCUCAAAUUCCACGCAAAGCUCCAGCUCUACGUCUAGUUCUACGUCCAAUUCUAGCUCCAGUCAGGAGUCCUCCACAUCCAGCAGCAAUCAGCAGUCGAGCUCCUCGUCUAGCAACAAUCAGGAGUCCAGUGCGGAAUCAAGCAACAAUCAAGAAUCCAGCUCCGAAUCCAGCAGCACUCAGGAGUCCAGCUCGGGAUCUAGCAACAAUCAGGAGUCCAACUCCGGAUCUAGCAACAAUCAGGAGUCUAGCACAAGCUCAGGCAGCAACCAGGGUUCAAGCUCCCAAAAUUCUGGUAGCAAUCAAUCCUCCAGCAGUAACCAGAACCAAAGCUCUGGCGGCAGUCAAAGCUCAGGAAGUAACCAAUCCUCAAACAGUAACCAAAGCUCUCAGAAUUCCGGCAGCAACCAAUCCUCUGGCAACAACCAAAACUCCGGCAUCAACCAAUCCUCCAACAACAGUCAAAAUUCCGGUAGCAACCAAUCCUCUGGCAGCAAUCAAAACUCUGGCAGCAACCAAUCCUCCAACAACAGUCAAAAUUCCGGUAGCAACCAAGCCUCUAGCAGCAAUCAAUCCUCCAGCAACAAUCAGAGUUCCCAGAACAACCAAUCCUCCAGUUCGAACAGCAACCAGAACUCCUCGGGCAAUCAAACCACAAGUGGAUCUAGUGGAUCUAAGCCCGCGCCUACAAAAUGCGAGGAUGAAAAUACUUACAUCCCCGACAAAGAAGACUGUGCUAAAUUCUACAGAUGUCGUCUAGAUAAGGAUGGAAAAUUGGAACAAGUGCCUUUCACCUGUGGACCUGGCACCGUAUGGAACCAAGAAGAUAAGGUUUGCGAUCUGCCCACUGAAGAACAAAAGAAGAAAUGCAACAUCCAAUCGGGAACAUCCAGUGGCAGUAACAGCUCUGGACAGCAGUCCAGUGGAAGCUCCUCAAGCAAUCAAGGCUCUGCUAGCAAUCAAUCAUCAAGCAACCAGACCUCAUCUAGCAAUCAAGGCUCAUCCAGCAAUCAGGGAUCAUCUAGCAAUCAAGGCUCCUCUAGCAAUCAAGGAUCGUCCAGCAAUCAAGGAUCGUCCAGCAAUCAAGGCUCAUCCAGCAAUCAAUCCUCAAGCAACCAAAGCUCUUCCAGCAACCAAGGCUCCUCCAGCAAUCAAGGAUCAUCCAGCAAUCAAGGAUCAUCCAGCAACCAAGGAUCAUCCAGCAACCAAGGCUCGUCGAGCAACCAAUCAUCCAAUCAAGGCAACAAUCAAAGCUCAUCGAACAACCAGUCCUCCAAUCAAGGUUCAUCUUCAUCGUCGUCAUCUAACAAUCAAAACUCGAGCUCCAAUAACAAUUCAUCAGGCAACAGCACUCAAUCAACGACUCCCAAGCCUUCCAAUCCGGAUGGUAAUUGCCAGGAUACGGAAACAUAUUUGGCAGACAAAAAAGACUGUGCACGAUUCUAUCGUUGUGUAGAGAAUGGAAAUGGUGGCUUCGAUAAGGUUCCGUUCGAUUGCUCACCGGGAACGGUCUGGGAUCCCGAUACUAAGGGCUGCAACCAUCCCACGGAUGUGCAAAAGGAGCAGUGCAAGGCAAUGGCCAAUGGAAGUGGAUCAUCUUCCAACCAAGGGUCUUCUUCCAAUCAGGGCUCUUCUUCAAACCAAGGAUCUUCCAACCAAGGCUCUUCUUCCAAUCAGGGCUCCUCUUCAAACCAAGGAUCUUCCUCCAACCAAGGAUCUGCCUCCAACCAGGGAUCUUCCUCGAACCAAGGCUCUUCCUCAAACCAGGGAUCUUCCUCAAGCCAGGGAUCUUCCUCGAACCAAGGAUCUUCAUCAAACCAGGGAUCUUCAUCGAACCAAGGGUCUUCGUCAAACCAAGGAUCAUCCUCAAACCAAGGCUCUUCUUCCAAUCAGGGCUCCUCUUCAAACCAAGGAUCUUCCUCCAACCAAGGAUCUUCCUCCAACCAGGGAUCUUCCUCGAACCAAGGCUCUUCAUCAAACCAGGGAUCUUCCUCAAACCAGGGAUCUUCCUCGAACCAAGGUUCUUCCUCAAACCAGGGAUCUUCCUCAAACCAAGGCUCUUCCUCAAACCAGGGAUCUUCCUCAAGCCAGGGAUCAUCUUCCAACCAAGGAUCUUCUUCCAAUCAGGGAUCUUCAUCCAACCAGUCCUCAUCCAAUCAAACAUCGUCAUCUCAGCAGUCUUCUUCUUCUAACCAGACUUCAUCCUCUACUACUGAAGGAUCUUCAUCAUCCACCACGCAGAAACCCUUCAAGCCCGCUGAGAAAUGUGAGAGUGAGGAAACUUUCCUGGAUGACAAAGAAAACUGUUCCAAGUUCUAUCGUUGCGUUGAUAAUGGUAAGGGUGGAUUUACCAAAGUUUCAUUCACCUGCCCACCAAACACUCUAUGGGAUCCUGAGGCCAACAGCUGCAACCACCCCGAUCAGAUCCAGACCAAGCCCCUUAAGUGCAAAAAAGUGGUCAAUCAAGGCGGAACCUCAUCCAACACUAGUGGUUCCUCGUCUAACAGCACUUCUUCCAACAGUGGAUCCUCAUCAAAUACUGGUUCUUCAUCCAACACUGGCUCCUCCUCCAACACUGGAUCUUCUUCAAGCAGUGGAUCAUCUUCCAAUACUGGCUCGACCUCCAAUACUGGAUCAUCUUCAAACAGUGGAUCAUCUUCCAAUAGUGGAUCGUCCAAUCAAGGCUCCUCAUCCAACAGUGGCUCCUCUUCUGGUUCCAACUCUUCCGGAAAUGGAUCGACUUCUUCAUCAUCAUCAUCAUCAUCUUCUUCAAGCAACAACAAUAACCAAGGUUCAUCGUCCUCUAAUUCAUCCUCCUCAAGCAGCAGCUCGACUUCCUCAAAACCAAAUCCAUCGGAGCCUUGCAAGGUCAAUGGACAAUUUAUUGGAGAUAAGACCCAGUGUUCCAAGUUUUAUCGCUGCGUGGAUAAUGAUAGAGGAGGCUUUAAUAUGGUGGCCUUCAGCUGCGGCCCUGGCACUGUUUGGGAUGCCCAACUUCAGGCCUGUAACCAUGCUUGGGCUGUAAAGGAAUGCGGUGGAGUUGCUCCUCCUCCGACUCCUCCUCCAUCCACCACUUCCAGACCAUCAACCACAACCACAUCAAGACCUUCAGGACCAUCUUCCACAUCCAGACCUUCAGGACCAUCUUCCACAUCUAGACCCUCAGAUCCAUCGAGUACCUCACGUCCUGUUACUACCCGACCAACAAACUCCUCUCCUUCCACAUCUCCAUCCUCUCCAACCACAUCUCCUGUUACUCAGUCACCCAACACCGAUGGCAAAUGUAACUCAGAAGGCUUCAUGGCUGAUCCCAGCAACUGCUCCAAGUUCUAUCGCUGUGUUAGGAAUAACAAAGGUGGUUUCACCCCAAUUCCAUUCCAAUGUGGAGCUGGUACCGUUUGGGAUCAGGAUCUGCAGACAUGCAAUCACAAUUUCAACAAUUGUAACACUGGCACGGAAUCCACCACAACGAAACCUCCCUGUGAGCCAACAACCAAUGGAACAACGACCACUCAGAAACCUGUAACCUCCACACCACGACCUACCACAACUGAUCUACCCCCUACCACGACUGAUUUACCUUCCUCUACAACAACUGGGCUGCCUCCCACUACAACAACGGGGUUACCUCCCACUACAACAACUGGACUACCUCCCACUACAACAACACGUUUACCACCCACAACGACCACAGAAACACCGACCAGUAACCCCACUACAAUACCACCUAGUACAUCAACAAUCAGUUCGGAAACUGAAACCACAACGAUGACACCCAAUCCGGAAACCACUACGCAAUCACCUUCUACAACCACUAUGAAACCCCUACCGGCUGGAACUGAAUGCACAGGAGAGGGUUACAUGGCCGAUCCCGAAGACUGUAGGAAAUACUACCGCUGCAUCAACGCUGGAGCCUCCUACAGGAAGUACAAUUUCACGUGUCCCAAGGGUACCGGAUGGAAUGAAGAAGUGCAGACCUGUGACUACAUGCAGAACAUACCGAGAUGCUCAAAGUUACCUGCAGAGCCAGAGACUACGACACCAAGUGAAGAGUCCAAAGACCCUGGAAGUACAACCCCACAAACAACGGAUGAACCUACAACAGUUACAAAGCCCAAUACAAAACCAACCACAGAGCCUUCAACGGAGAACCCGCAGAAACCCACGACGACCGGAAAGCCAACUACCACAGAUGAACCUACAACAGAGAAACCCCAGAAGCCCACAACGACCACAGAAGAACCUAUAACAGAUAAGCCCCAGAAACCCACGACGACCGAAAAUCCCGGAAAGCCAACCACUACAGCAGAACCUACAACAGAAAAACCACAGAGACCCACGACGACAAUGAAACCAACGACACAGGAACCUACCACCACAAAUAUUCCCGGCUAUAACCCAACAACAACGGCCGUUCCCGUUGAAACUACAACCACCACACCUGGUUAUAAGCCAACCACCACCGCAGAACCUAUUACAACAACCAUAGAGCCUGUUACCACCACCACUGCCCCUCAAAAGCCCACUACCACAUCCCCACCUCAACCCACAACAACUACGGAAAACCCAGAAAGCACCACACCAGAAGGUCCUUCGACCACCAUUCAGCCUGAGCCACAGCCGAACUAUAACUGCUCCGCCGAGGGAUUCUUCCCCGAUCCCGAAGACUGCAGUCGCUAUUACCGCUGUGUAGAUGCGGCCAAGAAUGGCAAGUACCAGGUUUAUGCCUUUAAGUGCGGUAAGGGAACUGUUUGGGAUGUAUCCACCGAAACCUGCAAUUAUGCCGAUCAGGUGUCGGGAAAUUGCUCAUCUGGACAGACGACUACCCCUUCGACUUCCACGGAACCAGGUACAACCAGUUCCGGAACACCUGAAACAACCACUUCUAAAGUUCCGGAAACAACAACUUCUAAAGUUCCUGAAACAACAACUUCCAAAGUUCCCGAAACCACAACAACUGGAGCUCCUGAGACCACCACCACGCCAGCACCGGAAACAACUACCACUGGAACUUCCCCCGUAACCACUACUUCUGGAAGCACUGAAACCACUAGUCCUGGACCCACUACCACCGAAGCUCCUGAAACCACUACUACAUCAGCCAGGCCAGAGACGACCACCACAAGUGGUGAAGAAACCUCAACCAAUCAGCCAUCGACUGAAGCCCCAACCACCACUGAGAGUCCCACUCCCGGCACCAACACCUCCGCCCCUUGCCCCACAACCGGUCCUGGACAGAAUGCGUACGUCUGCCCCACUGGAUUCCGUCAGCAUCCGGAGAAGUGUGGCAUGUUCUACCAGUGCAGCGAAAGUUCGGAUAGCAACGAUCUAAACAUUGUGGUGUUCCAAUGUCCCAAUGGAACUGUCUACCAGGACAAGACUUGCAGCUGUGGCAAGCCCCAGGCGGGUGACAAAUGCUUAAAGGAUAUGAAGAGGACCUUGUUCGAACAGGAAUCGAAGCUUCAGAAUGUGGUACAAAUCAGCUCGACAGCCCCUCUCUGCCCGGAUGAGGGUCACUUCGCGCUCAACGAUGACCAGUGCGGCCAGCUGUUCGUCAAGUGCGGAUUCUCCGAGCUGACGGGACGCAUUGAGGGCCAGAUCCACCGCUGCCCGCAGGGAUUCGCCUACUGGAACGUGAGCCGUCGAUGCGAGCCCGCCCGAAAGCUGCUCAACUGCACACCAACCACCUACAAUGUGGGCGGAAAUGUGCCGCUGGAGUGGCUCAACAUUGGCCAUAGACGCCGCAGCAUGCGUAUUUAA